CUUUAUAUCCCAUUUUACUGGUUGCAUGCGUUCGACUGCGAGGUGUCAGCCUGGGCCGCUGACGUUUACCUAACAGGACUUCCGAUUGUGACUUCCCGAUGAUGCGCUCCACUGCAGGUGCGCGGCACCCUCUCCUCGUGGCCCCCGGGAAUGCUUAUAUAUGUUAUAGCGUGACUGUAGUUAACAUACGGCGUUAUUCGGGCCUCGAGAGCCUCCAGCGACUUGAUACCCUUCCAGCGUAAUUGGUUCGCGGCGUGAAACCUGAGGGUUACCGAGCUUAAGGAGCUUCUCUGUGGGUAGUUUAAGGAUUAAACAUGCACGAACGCAGUUAAACGCCUGGUAUUGCGACUGCUGGCGACAUGGAUGCGCCCAAUUCACCGCUGCCGGUGCACGAGCUGCUCAAGCUUGCAGCCACCGCAAAUGUGCAGUCACAGGACAUUGUGCGUGACAUGGAGCAGCAUCUUCGGUCCAUGGCGGAGCAGGCUGAAUCGACUCGCUUCAUUCUCGAGGCGGCUCUGAAGCUGCGGGGCGGCGACCGGAAGCUGAAGCGACCUUCAACAGAGCCCCCCUCGCGCUCGCUGUCGGCGCCGCUAGAGGGCACUGCCGCCGCUGCCGCCUCGCCGCCCCAGCCGCCGUGCUGGCCGUCCACCAGCGCCGACACCCGUCCCGACUGCGCUACCCCCCAUGACGACCUCUACCUCGAUCACGACCCAGAUCACGACAUGGACCUUGAUGGUCCCGAUGGCCACGACGCCGGCGGAGUGACCGAUGAGGCCGAGGGCGAGGUCAAGGUCGAGCAGGUGGUGAUGGAGCGGGAGCUGGGGAUCGCAAUCAAGCGGCUUCGGCAUUACGAUGCGGCUGUCACGGCGGCGGCGGCGGCGGCGGCUGUGGACCCGGCGGCCCUCGCCGGCGCCGCCGCCUCCUCGCCCCUGUGCGCCUCCUCCCCCGCCUUCGCCUCCUCCGCCUGCGGCACCGGCACCGCCGCCACCGCCACGGGGCAUACGGGCAACACCGGGCGUACGGGGCAUACAAGCUACACCAGCAGCAGCAGCGGCUGCUGGCCGCAUCACGGCGGCACCCACAGCACCAACAGCUCCGCUACCGGCAUGGGCAACACCACCACCUCCCUGACCCACAACCCCAAACCCAACCACCUCAACCACCCCAACCAGCCAAGCCACCCCCUCUAUAACUCGUGCUCCACCGCUCGCGCCCCCGCGAGCCAUCAUUGCGGCGGCAGCACGCCGACGGCCAGGGGCUUCCCCGCCUCGCUGCCGCCCUCACCGUGCCUGCACGCCGCCUCGUCGCCGCUGCCCACCACAGCAGACACGCCCGCAGCGACUGCGCCGCCGCCGCUGCCGGCGGCUCCCUCCGGCACCGGCUGUAACGGUGGGCUGCUGUCGCCCCCGCAGCCGCCGCAGCCGCAGCCGCUCAGCCGCAACAUGGGGGCAGCCGCAGCUGCUGCAAUCGGGUGCGGUGUGACGCCAGCGUCGGCGGGGCCUCUGGUCAGCCCUUUCAGCUGCCCCCCGCCGCUGCCAUCAACACAGCAGCCCCAGCCCCCGGCCCAGCCCCAGGCCCAGUCACAGGCCCAGCCGCAGCGUCAUGAGCUUCUGCAACACCUGGUGGGUAGGGUGCAGGUCGCGCCAGUGACCCGCACCUUCUCCGCCGCCACCGCCGCCGCCGCUGCUGCCACGUCGCCGCCGCUGCAGGGCUCCCAGCAAGAGCCGGCGGCGGCGGCUGCCGCACUGCUCCAUCAUGGCGCAGCGGCGACGACGGCGGCCGCCCACGCCCGGUCCAUCUCAGAUUGCAGUAGCAGCCACGGCCUCCAGGGCUCUGCCGCGCCCGCUGCUGCUACAGCCAUGCGCCGGUCACCUGCCACACCCGCUGCGCCUGUGCAACUGUUUGGCUCCGCAGCGGCUGGCGGCGGCGCCGCCGCCGCUGCCGCUACGCACCAGCAGCAGCACCAGCAGCAGCAGCUGCAGCAGCUGGGCGCUGUGGCCUGGCGGCCCCGCGGCGCCAGCGAGGGCGGCUUCCGCGCGCAGCAGCUGGCGGCGGCAGGGCUGCAGCAACAGCACUACAGGAUGGCGCAGCAGCCGCUACAGCCGCUGCAGCCGCUACAGCCAUUGCAGCCGACGGAGCGGCUGGGCACCUCGCUGGUGGACCAGCACCAGCAGCUGUGUGAGGAGUUCAGGCAGCAGCAGGAGCGGCUGCGGCAGGCGCAGCAGCAUCACGAGGAGCUGGCGCGGCGGCAGCUGCAGGAGAUGAAGACCGGAGCGUCGGCGGCGGCGGCGCAGCCGCCAGCGGCGGCGGCAGCCACUGCACUGCUGCUCCAGACGGCGUCGUCGGCUCCCGCGAUAGUGCCAGUGGCCGCCGCGCUGCAGCCCAUCCCGGUCGUCCUGGCACCGGUGGUUGCGAGGAGCGCAUCGCUGGCCACGGCAGCGGGGCCCCUUGCUGGCAGCGCCUUCACCACCGCCGCUGCAGCCGCCGCUACCGUGCCUGUGCUGGGCGCCUCAACGUGCGAAGCAGCCCCUACGCUCAGGCAGCGGCAGCAGCAGCAUAGGCAGCUACCGCCGCGCACGGCGUCGAGCCACGGCGGCGUGCGCAUCCUCCGCAUUCCCCAAGCGGCAGUGGUGGCGGCCGGCGGCGGUGGCGCGAUGCAAGCAGCGCUGUGCGCCCCUGCGCCCGGGCCUGCUGCUGACAGCGCCACGGGCGUUGGCAUCGGCCAGCCCUGCAUCGGUGGCGCAACCGCGGCGCCGCUGCAUGGAUUUCAGGCGCUGUUGCAAGCCGGCGGCGGUGAAGCCGGCGGCAUGCCCUUCAGCUGCAGCAGGUACAACAGCGGCGGCGGCGGCAACGGCAGCGGUUUCCUUCUCCUGCCGCGGGAUGCCGUGUUGCCGCCGCUGGGUCCGCAGGGUGAGCCGCGCCCGUCGCACAUGCCUCUGCAGCAGCAGCAGCAGCAGCAGCCGGUGCAGGUGAUUCCGCUGGUGCCGGUGCCGCCGUCGCUGCGCCCUACGUCCAUGCAGCCGGGCUUCCAGCAACCUGUCAGCGGCGGUAGCGGCGGUGGCUUCCCGCCGUCUGGCUUCCCAGCGCCGGCUGCGUCGUCCAGGCCGCUGUCGGCUCCCCUGUACGUGUCAUCGGCAUCGGCGCCAGGCCCCGCCCAGCCGCAGCAGCUGCAGCAGGUGCCCCCAGCCUCAUGCAUAUCCGCGCCGCUGCCGCUGGCGGGUCGCCCUGCCUCUAGUGCUUCCGCUGCCGCCGCCGGUGCUGCGGGUACAGGGGCUGGUGGUGCGGGCGCGGCCGACUGCGGGCUGCCUCUUUGGCCGGCGGGUCACGACGAGGACGACUGGGACCAACUGCUGGAGCGUGUGGGCGCCAUGUAGCAGCGUGGCGUGAUCGAAUCGGAAUCCAACCCGGAAAGGCAAUGCUCAGUCUACGCUCAUGUCAGCGGUGAUGUCGGCGAUGAAAUAUACGCCCGGGCGCGGGGGGCGCCCAGAAGGAUUUGAUCAACUCGCAAGUUCGAAGUGCUGAUCGGGAGAAAGGUAUAUGUCGGGACAGGCUUAUCGCGGGAUGGCCGGUGGCGCUGCGGCCGACGCGGCGCCAUCAGAUGUCGUUUGGAGGUCAUAAUUGUGAACCUGCAUGCGUCAUGCAUGCACGGCUUCAGCGAUCAACUUCUGCAUUAUACCUAGUAUUUACAUAAACGAAGCAGGCUGGCCGGCUAUCUUCGGUGUGGGUGUCACGCACACAGACAUGGACGCACGCAAAUACGCAUGUGUGCGUUUCCCCCGGAAGACAUGUAGACAAACAUAGCGCUCGAAUCGAUAGUUGCAACGUUAUUUGUUGUGUUAUGUCAACGUGUUCCUGCUCUAGUAAGCAGGUAUUUGCUGUAGGCGGCAUAGCGCGGUGUUGUCACGCGCAUGCGUAUGGGGGGCAGGGAGGUCAGAGGUUGACUUGGUACUCUCCCAUCGUGUCGUGUUGUGUCGGUGCGUUUGAAUCUUGGAGUAUGUCUUGCGAUAGGGUUUGCCGUACCGUGCGCACAGAGCGCACAGCAGUGGGUGGGCGCUUAUAAACAAUCGCUUCGCCGACUGACUCAAAAGAUGCCCCCGAUCUUUAUCAUAACGAAUACAGUCCGUUUAGCUGUUUGUUUCUCGGCCUGGACAUUCUCAGGCUUUCGCAUUGUGUGCGUUCCGUUGUAUGAUGUUGGAGAUGGCUGGCACGUUGCCAGGGGGUGGCCGCGCGGCCUGCCCCAUAGCGCCCAUUCCUCACCGGAUCUCACUGCAUACCAGAGAAGCCGGGCGUGUGUGUCUUUAUCCAGCAACUGCAUAGAUUGGCGUUCGGGCGUUCCGGCGGGCGUUCCGGCGGGAAUUGCAGGAGUCGCAUGUGCAUGAGCUGCAAGGGACUAAUCGGCGUGGGCUGACGUUGACUGGGACGACGGUGGAUUGCAGGCUGACGGAAACGGAACUGCGAGUGGCGGGUGCUUGGGGUGGUGGCCGGGGCUUUUUUUGCGGGAGGAGAACGCGGCCUGCGGCAGCCCAUCCGAGUAGGUGGCAGGUAUGGCAGGCAGGGAGGCUGUGUGCUGUAGGGACUGCGGGGAUGUGACAGCGACCUAUGGCAGGAGGGGCUACAAAUCUGUUCAUGAGUACGGUACAGCGCGUGGAUACAGCGGUUUAGCCGCUCAAUACCACCACCCCGAAUGUGGACCGUUUACUUGGGUGGACAGCGCGUCCGAACCAACUGAAAGGGCUGCGCGCAGGGAUACCCAACAAUAUUAAUCGGACCCGGCUGAGUUCAGUACGUCAUAUGCAUAUGCAUAAUCCAUCCCUCUAUUUAGCAAUGACUUUCGUGCGGCGCGUGCGCGGUGUUGCGCGUGAGGGGUAUGUGGAGGCGUGAUGUGGGCGAAGAAGCAGUGGCGAAGAGACGUUUUGGGUUUUACGGUUGCUCGGGCUCCGACGGUGGCGCCUAUUGGUUCGUGGGGUGGUAGAAUACAUCCCGCGUUGCGCCACACACUAAGCCGUGUGAUCCGGCAUACCGCAUGCACUUGAUAAUACCCAGCAAUGUUUUAGAUAUUGCUUGUGGGGUUUGCUUUGCUUGUGGUGGGACAUUGUCAGGGUUUAGACACAUACGCUGUACGGUUCCCUGGCGCCCUACCGUCCGCUGCUGCGGGUGGCACGUGGCAUGUGCAGCAGGGCCGGCUGGGGGCCUGGGGGUUGCCACAGCUCUAGGGAGAAGGGGGGUUGCGGAGAUGAGGUGGGGUGCCUGGAUUACGUCGAUAUGCCGGUACAGGCAUGGAGCGCAGGCAACGCAGCCUGUCUCACCUCGUCUCGCGCCUGCCAUGGCCGGAUGCGUGGUGUUUGGCGCUUGGUGCAUUUGCUGUGUGGGCCCUGCGUUGGCUCACUGAAUGCACGGGCUGCUAAUAGUAUCGCGGGCAAUGUUGCCGGUCGAUCCAUGUUACCUUUCCAAUGACCUCCAUCAAGGAGAGUGGGCUGGGUGGCGAACGAGCAUGCGCCGGAUCUAAGACGCGGGAUGCAUAGUACGCGGGCGGGGAUUUGGGAUUUCGGGAGCGUGCCCGCUGCGUUGCGGCAGCAGAGUACGCUAUGCAUGCCACUCAUGUGGUUGGGGUGUGCGAAGAAUGCAUGGAAGCGCCAUUGGAUUUUAGUUCCAAGGCAGAAAGUUUACAUUGAACAUUAUACGGCGUACGGUGUGUCGCGAUUCGUCGCCCGAGGGGGGCGUGGUCGCAGCGUCAGGCGCGACUACUGUCGUGUCCUCGGUGUGACCAGUUAGGCAUACGUAUGGGCUUGACUGCUGACGCGCGUCCUCUUUUUUGUUUUUUGUGAGGGGGGGACUGACUGGCUGGGAAGGCCGCGCGCCGAUACACACUGACGCACUCACGCGCAUCACGGCUUCUGCCUGCUGCCAACGCGGCACGGUGCCACGAUGCGCGGAGGCGGAGUGGGAGGCGCACAGUGUUUUGAAGCAGUUGAGGAGCCGUAAAGAACAAGUACGUUGAAGUGCCGCUGAGCCGAGGGCGGGGAUGUGAAAGGGAUUGUGGAAAAUGGCGCCAGGUGGCUGUGUGGCAAGAUUGGCAACGGCCCACCCGGGCCGAAAGGGAUCAGGGAUUCUGCAGUGCUUUUGAUUGUAACAUCUAUUGUGAAGGAUA